AUGUUUUAAUGUUGUGUCCAUUUUAUAAUUUAUUUAUAAUCAUUUUUUGAGUGUACUUGACGCAGAAUUAAUUGAAGCGCACAAGCAAACAAAUGCCAGCCAAAUAAGGACACGCAACAUUAGUCCGGGCAAACAAAGGGGGGUCCAAGGCCCUGCUCUCCCCCCGCUCUCUACUAAAGAUCAUGCUGGAUUCCGUUACAACAACAAGAACAAGAACAACUGGAGCUGGCCAGGUCAUGGAGAACAACGAGGAGCUGCUGGACAACACUUGGAGCAACUGGAGCACUUAUGGCCCCGCCCUGAUCUAUAAUGCCAUGAAUAGCGUCCUGGCCAAUCAGACUCCUCUUUCCACCGAAUACGGACCCAGUCUGGCCUACAAUCUGAGCAGGGUUUUGCCCACGGGCAUCACAGGACUUCCGGCUGCAGAUGUCGAGGAGGAUGCGGCAUCGCCCGUGGCCAGCUUUGCCUUCGUUGUGCCCUGGUGGCGCCAGGUGCUCUGGAGCAUUCUAUUCGGCGGCAUGGUCAUUGUGGCAACUGGCGGCAAUCUAAUUGUCGUCUGGAUUGUGCUGACCACCAAGCGUAUGCGCACCGUCACCAACUAUUUUAUAGUGAACCUGUCCAUAGCCGAUGCGAUGGUCUCCAGUCUGAACGUGACCUUCAACUAUUACUAUAUGCUGGACAGCGACUGGAUAUUUGGCGAGCUCUACUGCAAGGUAUCGCAAUUUAUUGCCAUGCUGAGUAUCUGUGCGUCGGUGUUCACUCUGAUGGCCAUAUCAAUCGACAGGUACGUGGCAAUUAUGAAGCCGUUGCAGCCGCGGAUGAGCAAGCGACGCAAUUUGGCCAUUGCCGCGCUCAUCUGGCUCUCAUCGACGCUCAUCUCCUGCCCCAUGCUGCUCUUUUUCAGGACCGAGGAGGUGCCGGUGACCAUGGAGAACAAAACACGCAUCGUCUGCUUUCCCGAAUGGCCCGACGGACAGACGAAUCACUCCAAGCAGGAGCACAUCUACAAUAUUCUCAUCCUAAUACUCACCUACUUUCUGCCCAUUAUCUCGAUGACGGUCACCUAUUCGCGCGUGGGCAUCGAACUGUGGGGCUCCAAGACAAUUGGCGAGUACACGCCCAGGCAAACGGAGAAUGUGCGUAGCAAGCGGAGGGUGGUCAAGAUGAUGAUUGUGGUCGUUCUGAUAUUCGGCUUCUGCUGGCUGCCCUUCCACACGUACUUCAUCGUCACAUCCUGUUAUCCGGCUAUUACCGAGGCGCCGUUCAUUCAGGAGCUAUAUUUGGUUAUCUACUGGCUGGCCAUGAGCAAUUCUAUGUACAAUCCGAUUAUAUACUGCUGGAUGAAUUCCCGUUUCCGCUAUGGCUUCAAAAUGGUUUUCCGCUGGUGUCCUUUUGUGAAUGUGGGCGCCGAGUCGCUGAACCGUCGCGAGAAUCUAACCUCGCGCUACUCCUGCUCCGGCUCGCCGGAUCACAAUCGCAUCAAACGGAAUGACACGCAGAAGUCCAUACUCUACGCCUGCCCCAGCUCGCCCAAGUCGCAUCGCGUGUCGCACUGUGGUGUUCCGCCGCGGUCGCUGCCCGUGCAGCAGCUGAGCAGCAGCCGGCGUGGCCAGAGAUCGUCCUAUCAGCAGGAAAUGCAGGAACGCUGGAACGGUGACAAGUCUAGCAAUUCCCUGAACUCGUCCACGGAAUGUCGCACCACGCAGCUGCUCUCCUGACAGGCCGCAGCCCCGGAGAACGUGGAGCUCCAGAUGCAACUCGUCUGCAGCUCCAACAACGACUAUCGACGAGGCAUCAACACAUCUGCAGCUGAUGACAAGACCUGGCUGUAGGUUUUCUCUUCUCACUAUCUCUCGAAUUUAGCCUAAGCAAAAAUAAAAGAUGGAUAGACCUAUAACUAGCUUCUAUAUCAACAGGGCGUAUGAGUUACAAGUUGUUUCAAGUCUCAGGUUUGAGUUGAUUCGAGUCUUUACUUAAAAUUGAUUCGAGUCUCAGCUUCAAGUUGAUUCGAGUCUCAGCUUCGAGUUGAUUCAAAUCUUAACUUCAAGUUGAUUCGAGUUUUAACAUCAAGUUGAUUUGAGUCUCAGCUUUAAGAUGAUUCAAGUUUCAGCUAAAAAAAUGUAUUCCCAAUUCCCUCUUACGAAUAUUCAUUGCGGCUUCAUUAAAUGCAAAAUGUCACCGAGUGUUAAAUAAAAAUAAAUUAAAAUUACCCAAGAGUCUAGUUACAAUUUUGAUGAUCUAAGUGUGUAAAUGAUAUAUGAUGUAUGUAACAGUUUGUAUGUAUGUAUGCUACAAGUGUAUGAUGUAUGUAACUAUAUGUAUGUAUGCAUGCUACAAAGUCAUAUGAAGCAUAUGAAGACUUCUCCCCGUACCCCUUGUAUAUAAGUUAAGUGUAUAAUUCGUAUAGAAGAAUUACAAAUGAAAUAUAUGUACCCUUCUAUAGGGUAUUCCAAUUUACUCACGCCAUGUGUAACAAUUCCCAGACAAAUAUAUAUCCCUAUUCUGUUCGAUCUGGCGAACUACGUCUGUCUGUAUUUAUGCUUGAUGAAAAUUAGGUAAAUAUAUUAUAUAGCUCUAUUAUCCAAGAACAAACGGAUGAAAACAGAGUUUUCAUAUCAUAUUAACAAAGCAGAAAAACGUGGUCAAAAAACUAUCGGAAAAACCAAGUCGAAAAACUAUAUAAUAUAGUAAAUCUAAUUACUAAAAGUCAGUUAAAAUUUCAAUUUUGUGUCUAGUCUAAAAAUAUAUUGAAAAUUUGAUAGGGUCGAUUACUUAAUCUUCGGCAUACCGAGAAUAAAUAUUCUUGUUGAUUUGAUUUGUCAAAGAUAAUUGUGUAAAUAUAUAAAAAUAUUUAUGUAUAUAUUUA